AUGGGAUGUUUAGGUAGUCGUCUUUUGAAUGAUGAAAAGGCGUCAUCUGAUAAUUUGUAUAUGUUAUUGGAUUAAUUGGCAGAGGGAUAGUUUGUUGAUACUAUUAUCAUCUACACAUCUGUUUAUAAUUAUUGUUACAUCAAGUAGAGAAAAGAAUGGAUAUUAUAGAAGAAGAGAAUUAUAAAGAGUGUAGAUAAAUGGAUGAAAAGUAAUUUAGAAUCUAGAAAUUAUAUACAUUCAUUCUUGGAUUCACAUCCAGAAUCUAUAAUUUUGUUGAGACCUCUAAGAAAUUUUAAACCUGCUAUUACUUAAGCUACUAUACAUACAGCCUUAAUGAAAAAUGAUUUCUUUCCCCAAUAGAUAUUUGUGAAAUUUGUGGAUGUCAAAUAAUCAUAAUUAAUCAAUUUUAGCAAUAAUGGAAAAUACACUUUUUUUUUGUAAUUGUAAUUGUAUAAGUUGCAAAGUCUUAAACAAUUCUAUAAAUUCUAAUAAAUCUACACUAUUAAGAUAUCUAAAAUAUUUAAAUUUGCUCAAUUUGAAUUUUAUGGUUUAAUACAUUGGACUUCAACACACAAAUAUGCAGAUUUAUUAAAAUUUAUAAAUAAAUAUGGAUGGCAUAUAAAAUUCAUAGAUAUAAGUGAAAAUGUAUCUGAACAUCAUUAAUGUAUUAUACUAUAUUACAAAUUAUAGAUUUCAAUUCUAACCAAGUAUUUCAUAUUGAAGAAUAAACUAAAGAAGAUCUAUUCAUUAUUAUUGAUCCAUAAGGUAAAGUAAUCAGAGCAGAAACACCUGAAUUUUAUGUAUCCAAAAAACCAGAUUAAAUUUGUGAAGAAUUUGAUGAUAUUAGUUCAUAAAAAUCUAAAGCAAUUAAAUAUGAGAAGAAAUUACUUAAAGAAUUACAUAUCCAUUAUUCAUCAUAUAUCAGUAAGAAUAAACCAUAAACUUCUAAACCUACAUUAACAAAAUAUCAAAUAAUGCAAUAACAAAUAUUUUAAUCAAGUGAGACAAUCAGUUAUGUACAAUACAAAGAUUUCAAAUAAUUGUUUAAGAGUGCCCGUUUCCCUUAGAUAUUAUCUAAAUAUCAUCCAGGUGAACCAUUUCAGUUUGAAUUAAUUAAAUAGAUCUAUUUUAAUUAUGAUUAUGAUGAACAUAAAUUCAAAGAAAUUACAAAAACAUAUUUGUUACCUUCAAUAUAUCCUGCAGCUUCUAUUUAAAAAUAGAAAAUACUUACAGAAACUUGUAGAGAAUUAAAAGAAUCAAUUGGAUUAAAAUGGAAAGUAUUGUUCUUGCAUUAUAUUAGGACCCUGAUUUAAAUAUAUAUUCUAUUCCACAUAUAUAUACUUACAGUAAAAUUGAUUUAAUGGAUUUCCUUUAAGAUUUCACUUAAUAAUUCCAUUUUAAAUUGAAAUUAUUCUUAAUUAAAAGAAGGACUAUAGAAUGGUAGACAGAUAAUAAAAGUGAUAACAAAAUAAUGAGAAUUAGUAAUUAAGAUAAAAUUGAAUGGACUAAUUAAAUGAGAGAUUCAUUUGUUUUUUUGGAUAUGUAUGAAUUACAUAAUAAAUCUAUUGUAAUAAAGAAUUUAGAUGAAUUAAAGUUAUUGAAAUAACAAUAAGAAUAACAUAUUGUUUAAUUUAAAUAAAUCAAAACUUAGAAUCUUUGUGGUAAUAGUAUGAAUUUAAUUAAAAAAUAUAUAUAUCAUGGUAUUGAUUAUUAGAUAUCAAUAAAUGAAAGAUUGAUGGAUAUUGAUGAAUCUAUCAAAAUUACAAUUAAUACUUUGAUCUUUGUUUUGUAUGAUGAUUUUGAGAAAUAAAUACUAAUAAUUUUAAAUAAAUUGGCAUCUAUUUAAGAUGAAUUCUAAGAGCCUACUAAUAUUAUAAUUAUCACUUAAUUAGAUAAUACUAGUAAUAUAAUAAAUGAGUUUAUUACUUAAAGAAUUCAAAAAUUACAAAUUUAAUUUUGUCAUUUCAAUAAUAUUUGGAAUUAAAAUUUUGGAUUAUAAUUUAAAUAAGAUAUUGUAGAGAAAUACUUUAAUGUUAGAAGAGAUUAUAAAGCAGUAAAAAUAAUAUUUAAUUAAAUGAUAGUUUUAUGUUGAUAAAUAUGGUUAUUUGAUGGCAAUUCAAUCAAAUGAUGAAUUUAUUGAUAGUAUAUGGAUAAAUAAUUAAAAAGAAAUUGUAGUAGAUUGGUUCAUUCAGCAAUUUGGGUAAUAUUAUCAUAUAAUAAUUAUUUUAGAAUGACACAUAAAAAUGAUGAUAUGGAAUGGAAAUAAAUUAAAUAAGAAUGUUGUUAAUUCAAUUAAAAAUAUGAUGAAAUUAUUAGUAGUUAUGAAAUACCAAAAUAGAUGAUAAUUACAAUAAAAUCGAUUAAAUGUUUACUAUGGGAUAAUCACAAUUAUAGUUUUUUAGAAUAUUCAAAUUGUCCAACUAUUACUCAUAAUCUAAACGUAAAGUAAAUAGCUUUGUUAAAUAUUUUCAUUCCAAAUAUAAUAAAAUUAAUAAUUUGA